AUGGUCUCAAACAUCGAUGGGAAUACCAAGUGUUCCCACCAGCCUGGUGACAUCCCAUCGAUAGCGUCGGAUCAACCUGCCACCAUGCCCUGGGUGCCGCAAACCGACGCGCCUGACCUUACAGAACGGCCGCCAUUGAACUCGCAGCAAUCGAAUUCCCUCCCCUCGACUCCCUACCAACAUGCGCGCAACCUAUCCUUCCACUCGCGGUCGCCGUCCCCCGUCCGCGGAAGCACUUCGCCCCGAUCCACCCACUCCGAGUCAACCCACCUGCCUCGGAAACCGAUCGGGACCUGUAAAUAUGAAACCGCAAUGACGUUUUUCCGCAGACGAAUACCUUAUAACUUGGGGACGGAUAUACUGCCAGAGGAGAAGGAGGCAUUGAAGGAAAAAUUGGAGCCGGAGCAGGAGCAGAAAUUGACUGCCGAGAUCAUGGACCUGUACGAUCGACUAUUACCGUCUGCCGAGAGCGACGAUCGAAGACGGCAGCUGGUGCAGAAAUUAGAAAAGCUGUUCAAUGAUCAGUGGCCCGGCCAUGAGAUCAAGGCCAAUGUCUUUGGUUCGUCGGGGAAUAAAUUGUGCUCGAGUGACUCGGAUGUUGACAUUUGUAUCACAACGAACUUAAAGGACUUGGAACAUGUGUGUUUAUUAGCGGAGGUUUUGGCAAAGCGAUUUGAAACAGAUGGGAUGCAACGAGUUGUCUGUGUCUCGCAUGCGAAGGUUCCGAUUGUGAAAAUCUGGGACCCGGAGCUAAAAUUGGCGUGCGACAUGAACGUCAAUAACACAUUGGCCUUGGAAAAUACUCGUAUGAUCCGGACGUACGUUGAUGUUGAUGAACGAGUACGACCAUUGGCCAUGAGCGUCAAGUACUGGACAAAACGUCGAACCCUUAAUGAUGCGGCCCUCGGAGGCACAUUGAGCUCAUAUACCUGGAUCUGCCUGAUUAUCAACUUCUUACAGACCAGAGAUCCUCCGGUUUUGCCUAGUCUUCAAGCACGCCCUCACAAGAAGAAAGUCACGCCGGAUGGGUUGGUCUGUUCGUUUGAUGACGAUAUGAAGGCAUUAAGUGGAUUUGGACGAAAGAAUAAGCAAUCAGUGGGAGAACUGUUCUUUGAAUUCUUUCGGUAUUAUGCGCAUGUGAUCAACUAUGAGCAAAACGUUAUCUCUGUGCGCGAAGGUAAUUUGAUCUCCAAGGAAGGUAAAGGUUGGCACCUCCUGGUGAAUAAUCGCCUCUGCGUCGAAGAACCGUUCAGCACCGCUAGAAACUUGGGAAACACGGCCGAUGACACAUCAUUUCGAGGUCUGCACCUUGAAUUGAGGAGGGCGUUCAAGCACAUUGCACAGAGUGAUUUAGAUGGUUGUUGUGAGCAGUACGAGUUUCCCAAAGAACAAGAACGCACAUGGGAGCGACCUCCACCUCAACCGCGACCAGUUAUCACCGCCGCAGCACCCACUCGUGGGGGACGGGGAGGUGGACGGGGAGGCGGGCGAUAUGCCAAUCAGACCUACCGAGGAGGAUUUUCUGGUGGUCGUCGAACGUCCAACACAGGGAACAGGGGAAAUAAUACCUUCCGGCAGCCGAGCACAACGAAUGCAAAUGACUUGUCUUUGCAGGCCCAGCAGGCUCAGCAGCAGGCCCAGUACCUAUUGCAUGACCAGCUUUAUCAGCAGAUCCAGCUUCUGCAGGCACAAGAGCAAGAACUGAGGAUGCAGCUGCACAACCAGGCACUGGUCACUGGGCGCCCCCCGCCGGUGUUUAUCCGCCAACCAUUUAUUCAAUUCCCGGUACCUCAGCAACAGGAAUACUCCGGAGAUGACGACUCCCGAUCAAGAUCCGGCACGGUAAAUCAUCCGCCGCUGACUCCGUCACAUCGGACAACCCAGCCAUUCUUCGCCCCUACCUACGCUUCUGUUAGUGCCUCGGGCACGCAAGGUAGCUCUACAAAUCCUUCCUCACCCACAACCACCACACUUCCUGAUCUUCGCCGGAGCCCUCGACGAUCGUCCGCCGCCAUUGGCUCACCAAAGGGAUCGGGAUCGCUUCGGGCACAGUCGCAGCCUGCUCGCCCUCAGGAUUCCCCAACCUUCCCGCCGCUUUAUGCAAUCCCACCGCUCUUGGACACAUCUUUAGGCUCCAAGCAACCCCAGGCUUCCGAGUCAUCAAUAGGCGGAGAUUGUAGUGAAGAUGAUAUUAUGAUCCUGCCGAACAGACCCCCAAGCAACGGAUCUCGCUCAGCGUCCGUAGACGAAAACCGGCCGCAAGAUCUCAUGGGGUACUUGGUCUCUCCUCAACAAUUGCAGCUGUACCAACAGAACGCAUUGUUAACGCCCAUUACAACAUCCAUGGGUCUAACGCUGCCAAAUGGCUAUACGUCUUUCCUGCCAAUUCAGCAGCAAGACUACAAGCCCGGUGUUUUUUCGUCUGAAGGAUCGUCAUCACAGGCAGACCAACCUCCUACAGUAUCUUCCCCUACGGUAACUUCCAGGUCGUCCUUUUCUCAGCAACCUCCACCGGCACCAGCACGGUCAGCUUCGCGGCCCAUAGCACCCGCUGAUCGAGGUCCUCUGAUUGUGGAUGGCUCAGUGCCGCCCGGUGAGCCGCGUGCGUCGUCAUACACAACUGAUCUGAUGGAAACGUAUAGUGCAGUGACUCACUAUACCUCAACAUCUGAUGAGCAUAACAUGAACACACCCGCCAGCUUCUCCGACUCCCUAUCUCAGGACUUUCAAGACCCUGGUCCCUUCGAGUUGGAUCAGUCAUCCAGUUUCACCGGCCCAGCGCAUUUUGAGGCCCAUCACAUGAGCAACGGGAAUGGUGAAUCGCAACCUGACAAAACAAAUGGCCAGCCGGAGCUUCUUGCUAGUCGACUGCAAAACUUUCACCUGUCGAAUUCGGAAAAACUUUCCCAGUCACACGCUUCGAACAAAACGACGGCCAAUAAAUCCAAUUCGGCACAUCAGGUAGCGAAAGAAAAUUCCUCACCUAAGACUUCUGGAUCGGCGAAUGAAAAAGCUUCUAAUGGUUCACAUGCAAAUGAGCCACGGCGGCAACCGUCGAAGCGGCGACCAAAUGGCGCGGAGGGCUCUGACAAGGGUAAUGGUGCGAAUCAUAAUCACAGCCAUCACCACAAGCCUAAGUCUAAAGGACGACACGACGCGUCACACAACCACUCGAGCGAAGGUUCAAACGAUGCCAAGUGCCGUCAUGCUGAUCACUCACCUAAGAAAUCGGGCGGAACCAGCACGAAUGGCUCAACUGAGAACAACCACGGCGGAUGGCAGACCACCAAGAAGAAGCAUCGCAGAGCCACAAAAGCGUCCGCCGAGAGUCGGAGCGGUGGGAACAAUGGAUCCGAGCCUAUCCCUGCCGAUGAAUCCAUGCGAAAAGGUGGCUGA